AUGGAUCCCCGCAGCUGGGCCACGGGUGUGCUACGAUACCAUCUCUGUGAGACCACAGCCACCCCUAUGUACUGUGAGAUUUGUGACUUACAACUGUGUAAUGACUGUGUAGGAAAACAUCUCUCAGAUCAAUCCAAAGAUCACAAUGUGGUGCGAUUUGGAAAAAAAGUAUCUACUCCUAAAUGCCAAAAGCAUUCCUCAUUUGCUUUUCUUAAUUGUGCAACAUGUGCUUCCUCUGAAGAACAACAAGGUCAAAGAUCUAUUGAAACCAUGAAAAAUGUCAUUCUAAAAGAUCUAGAAGAGCUAAAGAAAACCAUUUACCCUAAAUACGGAAAGAUUGAAUCUUACAUCCUAGAUCAACAGACGGAUAUGAAUAUAAACUCACAAAAUUUGACACAAGAAAUCGACCAACAUGGGAAACGCUUUAUCGAAGAAAUAAAUUCAAUUAUUCAAAAAUUGAAAUCUGAUCUUCAUGAGAUGGAACUAAAUCACAAGUAUGUCUUACGAAAACAGAAAAAUGGAAUCAACCGCACCAAAUCUGAAAUCAAACAAAGAAUUGCUUAUUUGGAAAAGUUACUGAACUCAAAUGAUGUCAGUAGUGUCUCUGCCUACCAAUCUAGAAAUGCUGAAUUCAAAACUGAGCUUACUAAGCUUACAGUUUCCUUACCACGUUUUACCCCUCACAAAAUUAGCAAAGAACAGCUAAACCAACAGUUUGGUUCUCUGUCAGCGUUAUCUAUCAAAACAGAAGAAAGUGAUUGUCCAUUGGAUUCCCUAGCUGCCGAGUCCUCUUCCCCAGGCAGACCGUUCACUGAUGCUCCAUGGAUCAUCACAGAUAUAAACACCGACUGUGGAAAAUGGAAUCUACGCAGUGUGUCCUGUCUCAGUGAUGAGGAAAUAUGGACUUGUGGUGAGGACAACAUUAUGAGACUCUAUAACCUCCGGGGGGGACUAUUGAAAUCAACCAAAAUUAAUCCAAGUAACAUUCCGCAGGACAUAGCGACGUUCAUCAAACUAAAAGAGUGGAGACCUCAAAGUGUCUGUAUUACCUCCUCUGGUGACCUUCUGGUUAUCAUGAACAAUGAUGAAAAUAAACAAACAAAAGUUGCGCGUUACUCUGGCGCCAAAGAAAAACAAAGUAUUCAGUAUAAUGACAAAGGACAGCCUCUCUAUUCAUAUGAAGAAGGAAAAAAGAUCUAUUCAUCUGGCUAUCGCACAAAAUACAUCAUCGAGAACAGGAAUCUAGAUAUCUGUGUGACAGACUGUAAAGCCGAUAUUGUUGUGGUGGUCAAUCAGGCCGGAAAACUCCGCUUUACCUACAAUGGUUUUUUCAAUAUCAGGGGAUCAUUCUAUCCACGCGGCAUCACUGGAGACAGCCUUAGUCGGCUCCUAACAGCAGACUAUUACAACAAAAGUAUCCACAUCUUGGAUCAGGACGGACAGUUCCUCCGCUACUUUUACAUAUGUAGUUUACACCGUCCAUGGGGUUUAUGUGUGGACACCAGAGACAACCUCUUUGUGGCUGAACACUACACCGGUAAAAUGAAGAAAAUACAAUAUUAUAUGUAA